GUGCUCGCGCAGCCCUGACUCUGCGCUGAGAUCUCGCCGCGCUCACAAGUGACUCCUCCAUUCCCACUCAGCGUCCCGAGAGAGGGAGAAAACUUUCCUGAAACUUUUUUAUCACCAUUACAUCGCGUCUUCUCCUACAGAGCCAACGCGGAUCUCCUCAAGCGAAGAAACGGGUUAAUAAGUAACUUGUCUUUACCGCACGGUUUGAACGUGCGUGCGCAUUUGUAGCGCUUGGCUUUUCGUACUUGUGCUUUUGUUUUUCUUUGAAAAGUCUGAAGUUUUAACGAAGAGCGAAACGUCGUGACUUCGUCGCCUUUGUUUUCUACCUUUUGGUCACUUUUAAUCUGUUGCACAUUAACGGGAGUGUUUCGCUCGCCGAGGCCCGGAGUUUUAUUGCUCGAGACAAAAAUCAGUUCGCUCGAGCGUUUAAAAUCAGUGAAGUUACACAGAUAGACGGCGCAUCUCCAUGAGGAAACCCGAAGUGGGAAUCGAAGAGAUCUCGUGACUUCGUUUUAUUUUUCGUUGGUGCUCCAUUGCUCAAGGUAGUCGGCGAUGAAGCUGAUAGCUCUAUUUACUGUAUGUCUGUCGGUGGUGGUUUUGGCGUCGGCUCAGGCUGAACAGAAGUUAAAGAACUGCAAUGAAGUCAGAACUGCGUACAGCUCGAUAGGCUUCAACGUCAACGAUGUUCCCAACAAAGGAGUGCAUGGAUCCCAUCUGAAAGUCUGUCCCCAAGGUUUCUCUUGCUGUACUCUUGAGAUGGAAGAGAAGUUGAGUCAGCAGAGCCGCACGGACCUCAAAGCGCCCAUCCAUCAGCUCAGCUCCAACCUGCAGAGCACCUUCACCCAGAGACACCGUCACUUUGACCAGUUCUUUAGAGAGCUGUUGAACAAUGCUGAGAAAUCCCUUAACGACAUGUUCGUCCGGACCUACGGCUUGAUGUACGUAAAGAACGCCGAACUUUUCAAGCACUUCUUUCAAGAGCUGCGACGAUACUAUUCUCACGGGAGCAGCGCCGUCAACCUGGACGACAUGUUGGCGGAGUUCUGGACGGAGCUUCUGGAGCGCAUGUUCCGGUUGGUCAACGUUCAGUACGAGUUUAAUGACUCGUACAUGGAGUGCGUCAGCAGACACAUGGAGCAGCUCAAACCCUUCGGCGAUGUCCCGCGCAAGCUCCGCCUACAGCUGACACGGUCCUUCAUCGCAGUCCGCACGUUCACCCGCGGCCUGGCGCUCAUGCCCGAAGUGGUGGGCAAAGUCUCCACGGUAAGUGCGUCUCCGAGCUGUGUGCGUGCGGCUAUGAAGAUGUUAUACUGCCCGUAUUGUACCGGCCAGGUGGCAUUGAAGCCCUGCAAGAACUACUGUCUCAACGUCAUGCGUGGCUGCCUGGCCAAUCAGGCCGACCUGGACGCAGAAUGGAAUAACUUCCUGGAUGCCAUGUUGGGUCUUGCUGAGAGAUUAGAGGGGCCAUUCAACUUCGAGUCCGUCAUUGAUCCCAUAGACGUGAAGAUUUCGGAUGCCAUCAUGAACAUGCAGGAGAACAGCAUACAGGUCUCACAGAAGGUGUUCCAGGGUUGUGGGCAGCCUAAACCCAACACGGCUUUCCGAACAAAGCGCUCUGCUAAAGACUCAGGGUUCCCCGGGCGUUUCCGACCCUACAGCCCUGAAGCCAGACCCACCACUGCAGCUGGCACCAGUUUGGACCGAUUGUUGACGGACGCCAAGAAGAAGCUCAAACACGCCAAGAAGUUCUGGUCCACGCUUCCAGACACAGUCUGUGUUGGAGACAGGGUCACCCCGGGUGAUGAGUGCUGGAAUGGCACCGCCAAAAGCAGGUAUGAAUCUGUCGUUAUGGGCAGCGGCUUAGCCAAUCAGGUGUCAAAUCCUGAUGUGGAAGUUGACAUCACCAAACCAGACAUGGUCAUUCGUCGUCAGAUUGCGGUGCUGAAAGAAAUGACCAGCUGGCUUAAAGCUGCCUACACUGGCAACGACAUCUCAUUUAACAAUGAGGAUGCCGGCAGCGGAGAGGAAAGUGGAAGUGGCUGUGACGCCCCCUCUUGCGACAGCGAUGGAGAUAUCUACUUCUCCACCCCGUCACCCAUCAAGCCACGUAUCAUUAAGACUAAAAGCAACGACCCGUCCUCUGGUGGAACCCAGUUGGCACCCUGCAUCCUGGCACUGGCAGCGGCGGCUCUCCUGCUGGCCUUGCUCACUCUCCACACAAGAUAAAAGCGGCCAAAUGAGAGAGGAUGAGUGUUUGUAAGAAUUUGAAAGAGAGAGCAGAAAACUGCUAUAGGACAUUACAGAGACUGCUUUCAGGAUCUGCCUCUGCCUGCCAUCUGGAGAACACACUCAAGUUAUUCAUAUUCAAAAAAACUUCACUUUAUUUUUGUUUGUUUAUGAGAGCGGACUUCAUUUAUGUACAGCUUUAAGUUUCCACGCAGCAUUACGCUUCCUCACAUUCAGUCUGUCAGUUUUGUUUUUUCAUGGCUGUAGUACUCAGAAUAGGUUGUGUGUGCGUGCUUGUGUGUGUGUGUCAGUCUGUUUGUGUGAAUGCUAUGUAUGGAUGGCUGUAUAUAUCAUCUGAGCGCUUUAAAUAAUCAAUCAAUAUAGCACAGGUAUAAACUGAUUUAAGCAAAUCUGUAUGAAGUACUAACUAGACAGGAUUUUUAACCCGUUUCUGCGAAUUUGUGUGUGUGUGUGUGUGUGUCCUUGCUUGGAUGCUUUAGUUAGCUGUUUGUUCCUGGAUGUUGAGGAAGAAAACAUAGGAUGCCUUACAUUGGUCCUUUAUCUGGAAGGACUUACGCAAGCAAGGGCUGUGACCAACAGGAAUGUGCAUUUGUGUGUGUGUGUGUGUAUGUAUACGUUGCUGCCUUGAUGAAUGAAGUCAGAGAGACUCAUGGGAAAGAAUGUUCUAGCUAAGUGGGUUGAGUAGGUUUGUCAAGGAGUGCAUUAUGAUUUGUAUUCGGCAGGUUUUUUUUUUUAGUCUUCCAAGUCCUCAGUAUCGCAGCCCCCAUCUCAUCAUCCCAUAUACUUUGUGGUCCAGUGAAUGUAUAACUUGAGAAUAUAGUCUUCACUAAUAACUUAUUGUGUGGAUUAUGUCACAGAAAGGAGCUUUGGUUAGGUAAGGUGUCUUAUGUGAAAGUUAAUGGAUGAAGAGGCUUUUCAUAGCACAGCAUACACGUGUAUCCUGUAUGAUGUGGAGGGUAUGGCCUCGGUAAGGUUUUUACUGCAUGGAUGUUUAUUUAUGAACUUACAGGAGGGCAGUUAGAUAAGAGCAUGACACUGCAGAUGGCUUCAGACUGAGCUGUCAGGAUGGAAAUGAAUAAUGAUGAAUUGUACACAGGGUUAUAUGAUGAGGUGUUUUUGUUUUGCUAGAAGUUUAUUUUAAGGUAUUAAUGAUAUAAAACUAAGUGAUAGGUACUGCAGCUGAUUCCACUUCACCAGAAUGGCAACCGGUGCUGAGAGAGUGGAUGGCCUCAGAUUUUUCUUUCAUUUUUUGUUUGUUUGCAACAUAAUUUCUGACCUUUUCCAUUCCCAAUUGUCAGUUAUGUUUGCAUUUUAAUAUUCAUAGAAAAUCAAUCUUUGGUACGGUGUUUAAAGUCAUUCCUCAUUUAGCGUAAUAGACAAUAUGUGGUACGAUCUAACACUUGUUUUAUGUUUUUUUUUAAAUAAUUUUUAAUCUAAGUUGCUAUAAAUACGUUUUCCACACAAAUGUUGGACAAAUGCAGUGUUGGUUUCCUCAGUUAUGUACUGAAGAGCUUUCCACCCCUUCUCAGAAAACUUACCCCUCAUUCUUGUACAGUAAGUUAUUUAACCACACAUCUAUUUGAAAGGCAGCAUGCUUUACUCUACUAGGUCUCUUAAUAUCAGUAUUCACAAUAUUUAUAUCUGUAGAGGAUACAUUCUAAUGAUUUGACAAUUGUAAUUGAUGGUUUUGUAUUGGCUACAGAUUUCAUGUAAUGUAACAUUUAGAUUUUGUAAAGCAAAGCUACCAUUAUCUUUUCUUAAUCAUCAUAGUUCUAUGUAUGGGGAUUGUGAAAAUUGUACAAGGUGAUGCAAGGACGGGGCUGGCCAUAAGUUCUUGAUUGUUCCUGACGUCACAUGCACUUUUAAUUGGCAUUCAAAUACCUCACGGCAAGUUUUAAAUGCUAUCUGCAACAUGCAUUUUUAUCCUAAAUGCUACAUGAUUUAAACUUAUUCAUUUUUCUUUAUCCAUUUCAGUACAUGUGUAUGAAUGGCCAGUCCUAAGACACGAAGAGAUAUUUGUCAGGGUUUCAGGGGGCAUGGAAAGAGUAAAGAUCUCUGUACAGAAGUGAUGCUCCACACCUCAGAUUGAUGAUGUAGUUUUGUCCAGGCUGAUUUGCUAUGUGUGCCAUGAUUCGGAAGCAAUAUUUGUUUUCUACCCUUUCGUAUGAUUCAAAGCUUCCCACUGUCACAUGUAGGAUGUAAAGACCAGGAAUAAGUGUCUCAUUUUCAAAGUAAAUAUGACAUGGACAUAUCAAGACAUGGACACAUCAAGACAUGGACACUUGUUUGACGAGGAUUCUUACCCGAACCAGUGUCAUCAUUAAUCUGGAUACUGAACUUUAGAUGGACAGAUUGCGGUUGUUGUUUGCCUGCUGCCCUGUACAGUGAUGAAGAGUGAAGAAAGAGAGAGACUAAAAGACAGUAAGAAAUUGUAAAUAAUGAGCAGUCGAUUUAGUGGUCUCUGAGAGAUGUUCAUCAGAUUUUACCCAUUCAGAGUGUCUUCUUAAUAUGGGGAAAACAAAGUGAUAGAUGCUAAAAAUGUAAAAGAAAAGUUAUAUUAAACAUUUCCUAGUCUUGUUGAAAUAAAGACUGCAGA